AUGGAUGCUCUACGACGAAGGAACCCUUUCAAGUAUGCCUCUGAAUAUUCUGAAUCAGAUGACACGCACAUCAUGGAUGAACAAGAACAAAGCGAAAUUAUUGACGAUCUCAGGAGUCAGAAUGCAACAUCAAUUAGCCACAAUCGCACUACGUUGCAGAUCACGCUUGCGCUAUCACUUUUACUGCAUAUCAUUUACAUCUUCUCCGACUACAACAGUCCAUUAGCUGUUGUUUUUCCACCGGCUGGUAGACCGGAGUCUCCACUGUAUCUGAGUCCUGUUCUGACACUCCUCGCGAUCGUCCUCCAUGCAAACGCCGCUCUACUCACCCAGCCCCGGGACUUUUUGCUUGCUAAACGACGAAUAACGCCUCUUCCUUUUAAUGUCGCGUUCGGGCUUUCAGCAAUUUCUCCUAUAACCUCGGUGCUGAGCGGGAAAACGUGGCAGACAACAGCAUGGUGGUGUACUACCGCUCUUAUGACCUGGAUCGUUCAUGCAGCAAAUAGAUGGAUUGUACAGGAGCAAGAAAGCAUAUCCGAGCUCGAAAGAAUGAAGUACAUAGCCGCUGGAGCAUAA